AUGGAAUCCUCUCCGCUAAAGAGCCGAGUCGGCUCUAUCGUCGGCGUGAAACGUCCAGCAGCCUUGCUGCCUGCCUUCGAGCCGAGUUCGUCGCCCUCCCUUCCUCGACAGAAGCGUAUAGCACGCGAACCAGAAGUCUCGCUGUAUCCCACACCGGUUCCAACCUCGUCCACCCAUAUCAUGUCGUCUUCUCCGCCUCCCCCGGGAAUAAACGCCUCGCGACCAUCCAUCCCACGCUCCUUCUCGGCCACUAUCGAACGCGCUCCCCUGUCCGCCGUCCCUUCCAUAAUGCUGCAAGAGAAUGGAGAGCCAAUUCUCAUGGGAAGAUCCAGUGUCUCGUGUCAUCAUCAGCUAGCUGCUAGUCGUAUGAUCUCACGGGUUCACGUGAAGGCAACAUACAAACCCGCCCCCAACCCAUUCGACCGGGACAGGGUUGAGAUCGUGUGCAUGGGAUGGAAUGGAAUCAAGAUCCACUGCCAAGGGAGGAAAUAUGACCUGGCAAAGGGUAAGACCUUCACUUCGGACAUCAAAGACGCGGAUAUCAUGAUCGAUGUUCAUGAGGCUCGUGUGCUCGUCCAAUGGCCACGCAGUGAAGCAAGAGACUGCCCGUCCACCGACUCAGAACAGACCAGUGACGAAGCAACUCCCACCCAGCGGCGUCCCUCUCGUCAACAGCCGCAUGAAAGUCCACUUUUGGACCGUCAGCGCCUGGCAUCACCCGUUUCCCCAUCUCCUAUUGCCCAGCAGCCCAUUCCCCCAUCCUCACCUAUUUUCACACCUUCUCGGUCCCGGGCUGCGGUGGUCGUCUUUGAGGAUGAGCCUUCUCCACUCAAGCGUCACAACACAGUGACUGGUGUUACAUCGCAGAGUGCCCGCCAGGCCACUGCCUUCCUGCAUACCUCGCAUGCCAAUGAGCUGAGUGACCUGACUAGAUCUGACGACUUCUCCGACAACGAUGAAGAGAAUGACCCAAUUGUCCAUUCCUUUGGUCCUUUCGGAGAGAACCUUCUUCCUCGUAUGGCUUCUUUCCGCGCUGGUGAUUCUCCUAUCCACCCCGCCCGGUCUCCGCGCAGCCUGCUGCCCGCCCAGCCUCUCCAGCCCAUCCAGUCACCUAGACAGCCUGCCUCGUCUCACGAGGACAGAGAUACCGAGUCCGUUGAGGCCAAGCCCUCGUACACUGAUGAAGCAUCUGAGAGAGUCCGCAACCACGCUGCUAACCAACUCGCUUUCUCCCGCUUGUCCUCAACUCCUUUCUCAACUAUCUUGAACAAUCUUCCUCCUGCCUACUGGAAGUCUGGCCAUGGCAAUGUCACCGGCCCUGCCAAGUCCGAUAUCCGCAACAUUCUCGCAUCCACCAAGUUCAUUGGCCGGGUUGCCCGUGAGGGCAAGGAUGCUGCUGGCAAACCACUCGAGAGCGAAUAUUACUAUGUCCCCGACGAGGAUGAUGAUGUGAUGCGUCGCUCUGCUGUGGUGGAUGAUCUCCGGAAACCCGGCUUGCGCAACUGUCGCAAACAGCACAAGCAAUACUUCUGGCGUAAGCCUAAAUGA